CAUGACAACCAAAACAAAGAAAAAAACAACUCACUAUAACUCCUCUACAACCUCGACCAAGCACGACAACACCAAAACAACCCCACAACACGUAAGAUCAAGCCUCAGCGCGUAAGAAGACCCGUUAGAGCGACGUUCAGGCCGACAGACGAAGGCAGGAGGACGGAUAUAUUGAUCUGCGUGCGGGGUCGGGGUGCUCCCUCUCCCACGCGCACCCAGAUGUAAACACGAGCAGCUGAUAGACUCCACCUCAAGCCGUCCACCCAAACAUUCCCCCGACGCCUCACACGGGUCACACCUCCGCUACCCCGCCACGCACAGCUCCCCCAGGCUUUGAAGAACACCAUGGGGAAGGUCUGGGUGCUCUGACGACGCCUAAAGAGCACCGAAAGCAACAGUGUGACGCCCAAGAGAAGUAUUAGCAGUCUCCCUGUUGCCUCAUCUCUGUUACCCAGCCACGCACAGCUCCCCCAGGCCCUGAAGAACACCAUGGGGAAGGUCUGGGUGCUCUGACGACGCCUAAAGAGCACCGUAAACAACUGUGUGACGCCGAAGAGAAGUUUUGCGAAUGCUCCUGUCGUUUCACUUCAGCUACUCCGUCAGGAUCUUCACUUAGUCCCCCCAGGCCCAUUACAGCACCAUGGGGUAUACGUGGGUGCUGUGACGACGCCUAACCAGCAACGAUAUCAAUGGAGUGUCACUAAAGAGGGGUUUUGUUGCGCCUCUUGUUUCUCUUUCGUGUUUUCCGAAGUGUAAGAUAAAGAGUGCUAUCCAUGACCUCUGCUGUGUGAUGUUAAGGGUCGUUAGAUGGAGUGAGUGAAGGUCAGAGGUGUAAUUUGUGCUGUACAGGUUAAUCAAGAGCAAGAAGGGUUUGCUAAGGGAAGGGAGAGGAAGUGAAGGAAGGGGAGGAGUGCUGAGAAGGAGAGAGAGAGUGUAGGAGGAAAAGGGAGAGGAAAGAAGAGAAAGGAAGGGAAAGGUCUCGCCAGGUGUUUCGUGUUUGUGCGUGUGUUUGUGUGUCUUUGGUUUAUGAAGUGAGUGUUUGUGUUACCUUCGUGCCUUGAGUAAGAGUGGAAAACAAACAUCAUCUCAUAAAUAAAACCGAAUAAUAGCUGGAUCAGAUUGAAUUGACGGAAAAGUUAUUGGUGAUUCGAAUAAGAUAAAAAUGUAAAUCAAAUAAAACUAACUAAACAAAUAAAUAAAAAAAACUCUUGGGUAUUACACAAAAAAUAUCAAUAAAACGACAAAAAAUAAUUAAUGUGCGAUACUGAACUGAUAAAAGAGAACGAAAGAAAACAACAAAGAAAUUCACCGGUGAUAAACUAAGACUAGAAAGAAAUAGAAAGAAAUAAUAGAAAGAGAGAUAAAGACAACUAAAGCAAAGGAGUGAGAGGAAGAUUAACGAAAACAGAACCAGAGAAGUAAAACAAGAAACAGAACAAGGAGGAAGUGACAGAAAGAGGGACAGAUUCAAAACCAGAGAAAGAAAACCAACAAGAAAGAAAACAAAAAAAGUAAAAGGAGAGAAAGGGAACAGGAGAAAGAAAAUUAACUAAAAGAAGAGUGAGAGAAAGAAAAACAAACACAGAACGAAAGAAAGAAAGCUAACUACAAAUAAAAGAGUGAGAGAGAAAAAUAUAGAACCAGGGAAAGAAAAUUAAGAAACAAAAGAAAGCGUGAGAGAGAAACAGCAACAGAUACAGAAAAAAAGAAAGAACACAAGAAAACAAAAGAAAACUUGAGAGAGAAAAAAGCAACAGAUACAGAAAGAAAGAAAGAACACUAGAAGACAAAAGAAAGCGUGAGAGAGAAAAACAACAACAGAUACAGAAAAAAAGAAAGAACACUAGAAAACAAAAGAAAGCGUGAGAGAGAAAAACAACAACAGAUACAGAAAGAAAGAAAGAACACUAGAAAACAAAAGAAAGCGUGAGAGAGAAAAAGAAACAGAUACAGAAAGAAAGAAAGAACACUAGAAAACAAAAGAAAGCGUGAGAGAGAAAAAGAAACAGAUACAGAAAGAAAGAAAGAACACUAGAAAACAAAAGAAAGCGUGAGAGAGAAAAACAACAACAGAUACAGAAAAAAAGAAAGAACACUAGAAAACAAAAGAAAGCGUAAGAGAGAAAAAGAAACAGAUACAGAAAGAAAUAAAGAAUACAAGAAAAACAAAACAAAAGAAAGCGUGAGAGAGAAGCGAAUACAGAACCUCUUCCCCGCCGGUCCGCCAAGCCACCGCGCUGAAGAUCGAGGUGGAAGCCGAGGCCAGGAUGCGGCGGCAGAACGUUCGGACGUUGUCACUGGUGGUGUGCACCUUCACGUACCUGCUGAUCGGGGCGGCCGUGUUCGAUGCCCUGGAGAGUGACACGGAGGCCGAGCGGAUGAGGGUGAUCAAGCAUGUUCGGUCGCAGCUGAAGAGUCAAUACAACAUCUCCUCGGCCCAGUUCAAGUUCAUCGAGACCGUGAUCAUCGAGAGCCAACCACACAAGGCGGGGCAGCAGUGGAAGUUGGGUUGGGAAGGGGUUACUGUGAAGGGGUUGGUGGGGUACGGUCACUCCACGCCAGAAACAAUCGGGGGCAAGGCGUUCUGCAUCGUGUACGCCGUGGUGGGCAUCCCGCUGGGCAUGGUGAUGUUCCAGUCCAUCGGUGAGCGGCUCAACAAGUUCACCUCCGUCAUCAUCAAGAAGAUGAAGAAGAUGCUGGGCUGCACCACCACGGAGGCGACGGACGUGAACCAGCUCUUCGUGACGGGCACCCUCUCUUCCAUCGUCAUGACCGCCGGGGCCGCCGUCUUCUCCCACUACGAGAACUGGAACUACAUCGACGCCUUCUACUACUGCUUCAUCACCCUCACCACCAUCGGCUUCGGGGACUUCGUGGCUCUCCAGAAACCCAACGCGCUCACCAAGAACCCAGGCUACGUGGCGCUCUCGCUGGUGUUCAUUCUGUUCGGCCUGACGGUGGUGGCGGCCUCCAUCAAUUUGCUGGUGCUGCGCUUCAUGACUAUGAACACUGAGGACGUGAAGGCAGGUGACUUGGAGAUGCAGGACGCCUCACGCUCCGUUAUCACGCUGGACGGCGAGGUAAUGGCCAUCAACGGGAAGCUACUGGCUGGGACACCUGAAGGGGAGUUGAGCGUGGACGGCAACCUCGGCUCCUACACCAGCGUGGCCACCGUCUGCUCGUGCACGUGCUACCCCAGGCCCCACCACAGCCCCACGGAGAGCAGGCACAGGUCACCUUCCCGCAUCUCUCACCUGCUCGUGGACCAGGUGGGAACGAGCAAGGUCAUGCCCCCCGGGAGUGACCAGUUCCCGCCGCUCCUCCACGACUCCUUCAUGGUGGCCAACUACCUGAGGAUGAAGAGGUCCUCCGUGUAGGAUGCGCCAAGGAUAUUCUCAGAAGGAGGCGAAGAGGAAGCGAAUAGGAAGCGGGAAUGGAAGACAGUUUUUUACUUCUGUUUUUUUUUUCCUAUAUUUUUCUUUAUAACUUUCUAUAUUUUUGUCUCAUUUGCUUUUUGGUACUUACUUAACUUGUACGUACAUGAUAGAUAGAUAGAUAGAUAGAUAGAUAGAUUGUCUCAUUCGCUUUUUGGUACUUACUUAACUUGUAUGUAUAUGAGAUAGAUAGAUAGAUAGAUAGAUAGAUAGAGUCAAAGAAAGAAGGAUAAAUGGAGAAGGAAAAUGGAGUAUGGGAAGCAAAUGGACGAAAAAAAACAGCAUAAAAUUAGGGGUAACUAUGUACAGACGUCGAGUAUUUUUUUAACAUAAGAAAAAUUAUAUACAGGAACUUUUGAUUCGUGCCAAAUAUCCUUAGCUAGAAGAGUAGAGAAAGCAGAUAUAUACAUAAACACACGCUGUAUAUAAUCUUUGAGCCUGGAAACUGUACACACACACACACACACACACACACACACACACACACACACACACACACACACAUAUGCUAGCCUGUAUUUAUCGCACAUACGUUACUAUAGCUCUCAAAGAAACAUAUUUAUAUUUAUACGAUUUCUCAUUUUUACCACGAUGCAACGAGAACAGAUAUAUACAAUGCAAUUCUACGCUGUUAUGCACCAAACUGUUACCUAUAUUGGGUUUCAUAAAGUAUAUCCUUGAA